AUGACCAAGGCCGCAAGUGAGAUACCUGUGGCCGUGGGUCCCUACGGACAGUCCCAGCCAAGCUGCUUCCACCACAUGAAGAUGGGCUUUGUAAUGGGUGGCGCCAUGGGCAUGGCAGCUGGGGCGCUAUUCAGCACCUUUUCCUGUCUAAUGAUCGGAAUGCAGGGUCGGGAGCUGAGGGGCAUCAUCGGGAAAACCAUGAUGCUGAGUGGCGGCACCUUUGGCACAUUCAUGGCUGUCGGGAUGGGCAUCCAAUGUUAA